AUGGCGCUACAGAGCAUGUUGCAUCGUGCCUUACGUCUCCUGCUCAUUUUUUGCUGCUGGCUUGCACUUGCAUCUCCGAUUGCAGAGGUUCGACAUGAAGGACGUACCAUUGCUGCUCGACGACCUGGCCUCUUGAGCGAGAACGCCACGCUGUCCGAUGUCGAAAAGGCCAGAGACAUUGUCAGAAAUGCCCUGGAGCGAGCUGCCCAACUCAAUGAAGCUCGUGUCAGGAGUCCCGCUCGAAACAUUUACGAGCUUGCACCUGGGACAAAGCUCAAGCGUAGCGGAUCUACGGCGCCACAAGACACUCAGCCCGCUCCGCUCUUGGACAUCACAGCCGAGAUUGCCCACGCUGCUGCUCUCGUUGCCGAGGUCGACGCCUUUGCAGCAAACAAUGGAUCGACGACCAUCACAAAGACCACGAGGUCCAGCUCGUUCUGGAUGGAGAACAUCGACCGCAAAGGCACGAUUCCAUGGGGCGGGGAUGCUGGCUACCAGGUCUUCCGGAACGUUCAAGAUUUUGGGGCUUGGGGCGAUGGCAUACACGACGACACGCAAGCGAUCAAGGAUGCCAUGAUGGCGGCGUCACUAAACGACCGCAGCAGUACGCGGUGUGCCGCUGGCUGCUACGGCUCCACGACCCAAAAUGCCAUCGUGUACUUUCCCAGAGGGACGUACCUGGUCAGCAGCACCAUUGAUGUUGUGUUCGGCACGCAGUUGAUUGGCGAUGCCGCUUCCUGGCCGACAAUCCUGGCGGCGCCCUCGUUUGUCGGGAUGGGAGUCCUUGCGACAGACGAGUAUGUUCCCAAUGGCGGGACUGGACCUGAUGGUGGCGCCAAGGAAUGGUAUAUCAAUACGGCGAGUUUCUAUCGGCAGAUACGAAACAUUAGGAUCGACAUCCGCCCGGCAUCGCAGAGUGCAUACAUAUGCGCGCUCCAUUACCAAGUCGCCCAAGCGACAAGCCUGCAGUUUGUUGAGCUCAUCUCAACGAAUCCUUCCGACAACCCAAGCACUACCCAGCAGGGCAUGUUCGCGGAAAACGGUAGUGGCGGUCACAUCAGCGAUGUCACCUUUACAGGUGGCAACUUCGGCUUGUAUGGGGGCAGUCAACAGUUCACCGCGCAAAGGCUCACCUUCAACGGCUGCAAGACUGGCGUCCAGUUGAUUUGGGACUGGGGAUGGACAUGGAAAUCGGUCGAGAUGAACAACGUAGAUACUGGCUUCCGUCUCACAAACUCCGACGGCACCGACAGCAUAAGGUCCGUGUACAUCAUGGACUCCAAGUUCAACAACGUCAACACUGCCAUCUUGACGAAGCCAGCAUCCAAGGACCGAAACACGGGGACCACGGGCAUUACCCUAGACAACGUCGCCUUCACAAACGUGCAGCAUUAUGUGUACGACACGAGCAACUACGAGUAUGUCCAGGGCUCUCCGACCUCGCUGGACACGUGGACCUUGGGGCCGGUGUACUUCACGGGCACGAGCAGAGACGUGUCGCUCGGAUACUCCUUUGCUACACCACGCGAAGCGACGUUGGUAGGUGGGGGAAAUGGUCUGCCCAAGAGUCCGUUCUUUGAGAGGGCGAAACCGCAGUACGAGGACGUAGACGCUUCCGCAUUUGUGCACGUCAAGGACCAUGGCUGCAAAGGUGACGGGGCGACGGAUGACACGGCGGCUUUUCAGCGUGUUCUUGACCAGUUCAGUGGAUCAGACUCCAUCAUAUUUGUUGACUCGGGCACAUACAUCUUGACGGAUACCGUCACAGUGCCUACAGGAACGCGAAUCGUUGGCGAGGCCUGGUCGCAGCUCGCUGCCUCUGGGCCCAACUUUUCGGAUGCAACAGAGCCGCGCAUCAUGUUCCGCGUCGGAAACCAGGGUGAUCGGGGAUCGGUCGAGAUCCAGGACAUCCUGUUCACGACCAAAGGAGCGACACCCGGAGCCGUGCUCGUCGCAUGGAAUCUGCUCGCGGAUCAACAAGGGUCUGCGGGCAUGUGGGAUACGCACUUCCGUCUCGGCGGAGCGACGGGCACUGGCCUGACGCCGAGUGAAUGUCCCGCGUCCACGUCGGGCGUCAACAGCGGAUGCUCUGUGGGAAGUCUUAUGAUGCACAUCACACCGUCUGCGAGCGCCUACCUAGAAAAUGUUUGGCUCUGGGUCGCAGACCACAUGUCAGAGUACAUGAUCCAGAUCGACGCGAUGAUGGAAAUGGCAUGGCCAUGGUAUCCGUAUACAACGCCAGGGGACUUCUCGUGGAAAGCCGGUCCGCUACUUGGUUAUACGGGACGGCCUCGGAGCAUUUCCGUCUACUAUCAGUACAACUUCCACAACGCAAAAAACGUCUUUGCCGGUAUGAUACAAACUGAGUCGCCCUACUAUCAGCCUAGCCCGCAGCCUCCGGCGCCGUUUCAAGAUGCUAUCGGGGCCAUAGCAGGUGACCCAGAGUUCCAGUGCAGCCCCGGAGAGGUGGGUUGCGAUGCGUCCUGGGCUGUGCUCAUCGCCAACUCAGAGAACAUUUUCAUCGCCGGCGCUGGUCUGUAUUCGUGGUUUCAAGCCUACAGCCAAACUUGUAUCGAUGCGUGGUACUGCCAAAACACCAUGGUGUUUUUGAAGAACACCAAGAAUGUCAUUAUCCAUAACCUCAUCACGAUUGGAGGGGAAAAUAUGUUGGUUUCGGACGGCUCUGCGAUCCCAGCGGGCGCCAACCAGGCCAUCGGCGCCCAUCCCUGGUGGAGUCAACUCACAGUCUUUUAUCCGAUCCAGGGAACGCCGGAUGCCCGCAAGCGCUCCAACCACUAUGCGCGCUGGCAUGGCAGUGUCCCAGACGGCGAAUACUUUCCAUCGCGGUCCGAUAUCAUUACAUGGCCCGGUCGAUACGAUUCGAGUCUGGUGACCUACGUUACCCUCCUGAACGGCUCGCCCCACGACUUCCACUUGAACCACACGCACACAUACCAGGUUGAUCCGUUUGGCUUUGAUAGCGUCCCCGCGGGCUCAGCUAGGCAGAACAAGCAGCAGUAUCAGAACGGGACGAGGACAAGCUUUGUCGACGACAAGGCUGAGGCGUUUUAUCGCAUCGACGGCACCGACAGCACGUUUCAGAUCUGGGCGCGCACCAACAGUGGCGACAGCCACAAGAUGCACGAAGUCUUUUAUUUUGAGAACUUUAGGACUGACGAUCAGUCGUCGGGGUCGUCGACAGAACUCGGGGACCGCGGCGGGUAUCGCGCAUUCAAUUUUGUUGUCACAGGUAGUGAAAAGUACGGCCAUUACUGGACGAGCCUAAACCCUCCGAUCGCUUGGAUGAGCGCCAUUCUCAACGUUAUCGGUGGACGAAAGCUGCGACAUGUGUGCAUGAUCGGUUCGCAUGAUGCUGGAAUGUCCACGCUUAAUGGCAACACCGCAUUUGUGACGAGGGACAACACGGACACACAGCACUUCAACAUUUACGACCAGCUGCGCGCUGGAUCGCGCUUCUUUGACAUCCGGCCCGUUGUCGGCAAUGGGGGCCAGUACUUGGUCGGCCACUACAACGUCCCUGCUGACAUUGUCUUGGGGGGAAACGGAGAGUACAUUACCGACAUUGUAAACGAGGUCAAUUCUUUCAUGGCCGAUAAUGCGGAGCUUGUCAUCCUCCACGUCUCGCAUGCCUACAACACCGACGACAACUACCGCGGCUUCAAUGACGGCGAGUACAGCCACCUCUUCGAUCUACUGGAAGGCUUGACGCACCGCUGCGGCGGCAUGACGGGCGACCUCACGGACAAGACAAUGAACGAGUUCAUCGGCAGCGGAAGCGCCUGCGUCAUCAUCAUCUCCGACGAUGGGCCGGUCCGCCCAGACCGCGGCAUCUACAAGGCGUCCGACUCGUUUGGCUGGGACGGCGAGGGGCACUGGUCCGACACCGACUCCAUCUCGGACAUGGCCAGCGACCAGCUCUCCUAUCUUGCCUCGCAUCGCAACAUUGUCGCGUCCGACCUGCGCGACAAGUUCCUCGUCAUGCAGUGGGUGCUGACGCUGCAGGGCAUCGAGAACGUGCCCAUCACGUCGUCGAUGGGCAUCGAGGCCUUUGCGACGCGAUGGCCGUACGAUGCGCUGUUUUGGAAGGCGUGGAAUGCCUUCACGCCGUGGAGCCACCCCAACGUCGUGCUGCUCGACUAUGUUGGGCACCUCCAGCAGGGGUAUAACGGCACGGUGAACAGGGAGCUCGCCGCGUUUGCCAUGGCCGUGAACCUCGCCAUUGCAAGCGCCAAUGACUAUGUGGGCGGCGGAACGAUUUACUAA